AUGCAGAGUUUCAAAGCCGAGCAGGCUCGCAUCCAGGCCAACAAGCGGUGGGAGGAAGAGCCCAAGCCGGAUACGCCUUCAGGAUGGGUCAAGCGCGCCAGAGAAGUGGCAGCCAUUCUCAAGCUCGAUGCAGCUGAGCGAGAUGCUGCCGGCAAGACUCCCUUUGCUGAAGUCCAGCUCCUCAAGGACGCUGGUCUCGUCAACCUUCUCGGUCCCCGCGAGUUUGGCGGUGGAGGAGAGACCUGGCAGACUUCAUACAAGGUGACCACAGAGAUCGCCAAGGCUGAUGGAAGCAUCGGCCACUUAAUUGGCAACCACUACUCAUGGUUCUGGAGUUCCCAAAUCCUCGGAACGCCCCUGCAGGCGCGCCGCUGGCUCCGGGAGUUCACCGAAGGCAACUAUUAUCUUGGCGGUGCCGUCAACCCUCGCAACGCCGACAUGAUUGCUCGGGAUGAGGGGGACUCGCUUGUCUUCAACGGCGACAAGUUCUUCUCCACCGGGGGCGUUAUCAGUGACGUGACCGUCUUGGAGGGGGUCCUUGAGGAUGAAGCAAAGACCCAUGUUUUUGCCUACGUCUCCACAAAGGACCCUGGGAUCUCGUUCAAGGGCGACUGGGACGUUAUCGGACAACGCCUAACGGAAUCCGGAGGGUGUGUCAUCCGAAACGUGCGUGUCUCCUGGGAGCACAUUGCCGGCUAUGAAAACAAGGAGCUCACACCCCGAGACGCAUACCACGACUUCAUUCUCCCGCCAGUACAGCUUCAAUUUGCAGCUGUGCACGUCGGUGUCGGUAUUGGAGCUCUUGAGGCUGCCACCGAGUACACCCGCACUCGCACUCGAGCUUGGCCAUACGGCGGGGACGACAAGGCCAAGGCCACAGACGAGUGGUAUAUCCGGGAAGGCUACGGACGCUUACAAGCGUCGCUUUGGGCAGCCGAGGCCCUCGUUGACCGCACGGCUGAGCGCAUAUCGAAGCUCAUCCAUGCUCCAAGAGAGGAGCUCACCCAGGAAGCACGUGGCGAGAUUGCAGUCCAGGUAGCAGCAUCAAAAGCAACUGCAAUCGAAGCCGCCAUUACGGUGAGUAGCAAGUUCUUUGAGCUCACCGGCGCCUCAUCCGGCCUGUCAAAGUACGGCUUUGACAGGUUCUGGCGCAACACUCGCCUCCACUCUCUCCACGACCCAAUCGCUUACAAGUUCCGUGAAGUGGGCAGCUGGGCCUUGUUGGGGGAAAUCCCUGAACCGAGCUGGUACACUUAG